CACAAACGCUUUAUUUCAUUUCAGGUGCCUUGAGAAGCUGCCGGUUCUGACCAGACCUUUCAGAUGACGAUGAAGAGCUGUGUCGCUCUCCUGCUUGCCACCCUGCCCAUCAUUCAUGCUGUGUGUCCUGACAAAGAGCCGGGCCUGCAGCCGUGGACCCCCGGCCAUAGCGAGGCCCACCGUGUCACCAUCGGUUACGGCCGCAAAGUCCUCCUCACCAGCUCAUGCACCGUCCACUCCAUAGAGAUCCUCAAUGGGGGAAAGCUUGUAAUUGCCGACACCAAUCGACCCGUCGUCCUGCGGGCCAAACACAUUCUCAUUGGGAACAAGGGAGAGCUUCACAUCGGGAGCCCAGACUGCCCAUAUAAAGGCAGCCUUACCAUAUCCCUCUUCGGGAGGUCCGACGACACUGACAUCGGGCACAGCUACUUUGGGCGAAAGUAUGUAGGCGUUGGCAGGGGUACGUUGGAGGUCCACGGCGCUAAGAAGCUGUCGUGGACGUUUCUGAACAAGACGCUGCACCCCGGCGAGGCCAAUGAGAACAGCUACCACUUUGAAAAGGGCUGGGGAAACAGAGGUAUCAUCGUCCACGUCAUCGACCCAAGCACUGGCCAGGUGCUGCACAAUGACAGGUUUGACACGUACCGGAGCAAAGACGAGAGCCGCCGCCUGGCUCAGCACGUGGCCGCCAUGGAGGACGGCAUGAUCCUCGCCAUGGUGGUCAACGACGAGGGCUCCAACAACCUGGAGGACACGGCCAAGAAGGCACUCACCAGACUAGGGAGUCGGGAGCUCACUCGGCUGGGAUUCCGCCAUCCCUGGAGUUUAUCACAGUUGAAAGGAUUUCCAUCCUCAGCGCUGGGAGACCGUGCCAUCUAUCAAGGCACCAAGGCUUCCUCAGAGGCCAAGAGCUCGCGCAUCUUCCAGACGGGUUACGGGGAGCACUUUGCGGUGACCACCAGCAGCCAGUGGGUGCAAGAGGCGGACUGGACUGACUGGUUCGACCGUGAUGAUGAAAGGGGCUCUGGAGACUGGGAGAAACUCUCUGAUCUCCAUAAGGCUUUCCCUGAGCGACUGUGCAGCAACCCACUGGACAUGGAGGCUGAGACCCAUGACGGCAUUCCGGCCAACAUGACAGGCGAGAUCUUCUCCAAGAAUGACAAGAUCUACGGCUUCGUCUGCCUCAACAAGGACCAGCCGGACGGCCUCUGCCAUAACUACAGAGUGCGCUUUCUAUGCGGGAAGCUGGUUCGCCCACAAGCGUCCAUCACCGUCGACAUGCUGUCCAACUCAAGCAUCCUGGAGCUGGCUGACGAGGCCCGUGGCUGGAGGGCGGGUGACCGCGUGGUGGUGGCCAGCACUGACUACUCCAUGCUUCAGGCGGAGGAGUUCGACCUGCUGCCCUGCCCAGCCUGCGCCCUCAACCAGGUCAAAGUGCAAGGCAAGCCGACCUUCGUGCACAUGGGCGAGGAGGUGGACGGGGUCGACAUGCGGGCGGAGGUGGGCCUGCUGACCCGGAACGUCCUGAUCCGGGGCGAGAUGGAGCCUGCCUGCUACGGCAACGAGGCUUGCAAGUUCUUCGACUUCGACACCUUCGGCGGCCAUCUCAAGGUGGAGAGGGGCUUUCGGGCGGUGCAUGUGGAGGGUGUGGAGAUGAAGCACAUGGGCCAGCAGUCGAUGGGGCACUACCCAGUGCACUUCCACAUGAAUGGAGACGUGGAUGAGAAGGGAGGCUACAACCCCCCCACAUACGUGCGCGACCUGUCCAUCCACCACACCUUCUCCCGCUGUGUCACUGUGCAUGGAUCCAAUGGCCUGCUGGUGAAGGACAUAGUGGGCUACGAGGCGCUGGGCCACUGCUUCUUCACGGAGGAUGGGCCGGAGGAGAGGAACACCUUUGACCACUGCCUGGGGCUGCUGGUCAGAGCCGGCACGCUGCUGCCCUCCGACCGGGACAGUAAGAUGUGCCGUCACAUCACCAACGGAGCCUUCCCGGGAUAUGUGGCCAAACCGCGGCAGGACUGCAGUGCCACGUCCACCUUCUGGAUGGCCAACCCCAAUAACAACCUCAUCAACUGUGCAGCUGCAGGCUCGGAGGAGACGGGAUUCUGGUUCAUCUUCCAUCACGUCCCCACGGGGCCCUCUGAGGGCAUGUACUCUCCAGGCAGGACGGAGCACACCCCUAUGGGACAGUUCAUCAACAACCGCGCCCACUCUAACUACAGGGCAGGAAUGAUCCUUGACAAUGGAGUGAAAACUACGGAAGCCAACGCCAAGGACAAAAGGCCCUUUCUGUCUCUGGUGGGCGCCCGAUAUGGUCCACAUCAGGAUGCCGACCCCUUCAAGCCCCGAGUCCCUGCGCUGAUCCACCACUUUGUGGCGUACAAGAACGAAGACCACGGGGCGUGGCUGCGAGGAGGAGACGUGUGGCUGGACGACUGCCAGUUUGCUGAUAACGGCAUCGGCCUAACCCUUGCCAGUGGAGGCACCUUUCCAGACGACGACGGGUCUCGUCAGCAGGUGAAGAACUCGCUGUUUGUGGGCGAGAGUGCCAACCGAGGCAUGCCCACCCCUAUGAACAGCAUCUGGGGCCCUGGAGGGGCAGACCUGAGCGAGAGAUCCCUACCCAGAGGAGUGAACUUCCCCAUUCGAGGCAUGCAAAUAUAUGACGGGCCCAUCAACGUCCAGAAUUGCACCUUCCGCAAGUACAUGGCUCUUGACGGGCGUCACACCAGCGCGUUCGGCUUCCGACUUAACAACUCCUGGCAGAGCUGCCCCAACAACAACGUCACAGACAUCACAUUCGAUGACGUUCCGAUCACGUCCCGAGUGUUCUUCGGCGAGCCGGGUCCUUGGUUUAACCAGAUGCAGAUGGACGGUGACAAGACCACCAUAUUCCAUGACGUGGACGGCUCCGUCAGCGAGUACCCGGGGGCGUUCCUGGUCAAGGAGGACAACUGGCUGCUGCGCCACCCAGACUGCAUUGAUGUGCCCGACUGGAGGGCUGCCAUCUGCAGCGGGCACUAUGCCCAGAUAUACGUCCAGACACGCAACCCGGCCAACCUGGACAUGACCAUGGUGAAGAACGAGUAUCCCGAGCGGCCGCUGAAGCUGGUGGGCGCACUGGGGAAGAGGAACCACUACCAGCAGUUCCAGCCGGUGGUGACCCUGGCCAAGGGCUACACCAUGCACUGGGACCAGGCCGCCCCAGCUGAGGUCACCAUCUGGCUCAUCAACUUCAACAGGGGGGACUGGAUCAACGUUGGCAUCUGCUACCCGAGAGGAACAGCAUUCGUCGUCAUCUCAGACAUCCACAAUCGCCUCACUAAAGAGACACGCAAAACGGGGGUUUUCAUGCGAACCAUGGACCGGGAGAAAAUGGGCCACACACACCAGUCCAGGGGAUAUUACUACUGGGAAGAGGACACUGGGCUGCUGUUCUUGAAAGCUCGAGCGCACAAUGAGAAGGACGACUACGCCUUCUGCUCGGUGAAGGGCUGUGAGAGGGUGAAGAUCAAAGCCAUCAUCCCCAAGGGGAGCGGCCCCAGCGACUGCAUGGCGGAGGCCUACCCUCGACACACUGAAAUGCCCAUUGUCAACGUGCCCAUGCCCAAGAAGCUAGCUCGCUUCAACGUGCCACAGACAUCAGAGCACUUCCUGGAGAUCCGGCUGGAGUCUUACAACACGCGUUUCUUCCACAUCAAAGAAGACUUCGCCUUCACAGAGGUCAACGGGAAGAAAAUCUACCAGUCUGACGACGGAGUGCAAGUGACGGCUAUCGAAGGUCACUCGGGGAAAGUGUUGGAGACCAAAGGCUUCCGGAACUCUCUCCUCAUGGGCAUACCAGCACAGAUGGACAACUACAUCUCUGGCUUUAAAGAGGACACCAUAGUGCUCAUAACUUCAAAAGGCCGCCUGGUUACCAGAGGGGUUUGGACCAAAGCACUGGAGCGCCUCGGAGCAGACCCAACUGUGAAGUUGAAAGAUAAAAUGGUCUUUGUGGGCUUCAAAGGGAGCUUCAAGCCAGACUGGGUGAAGAUGGUAGUGGAUGACAGUCUGGCCAAAAUCCAUCAAGUCUUACCCAUCCCCACCGUCAGGAAGAUGAGGCUAUAAGGGAGGAGCGAGCGAGUGAGCACUAGACUAGACUGCAGUGUCGCUCUCGCCACUGCCUAACACACUGUGUGAGAGCCCUGUGGUAAAGCACAGGGAGGACUACUGACCACGAGGAGACAACGACAAAGAUGAUGAUGAAGAAGAAGAAGAAGAAGAAGAAGACGAAGAUAAAAUAGAACCAUUCAAAGCAUGCGUUUGUGUUGCCUAGUUUAUCCUCCCAGUUGGUCUCGAUAUCUGUGACUGUGGAUGUGAGUGAGUGGAUUGUGUCGUCAGUUGAGUAUACUUGACUUUCCCAGAAAAGAAAAAAACAGAAGAAAAAAAAAAUAACAUUCCUUGUUUUGUCCUACUCAGUGAUGUCAACCUCUGUCUCAUUCCAGAAGAGAGUUGUUUUUACUGCGCUUAUAUGGGGUUUGCAGCUUAAUAUUGUGGUGUUUCUCACACAGUCGUCUCAUAUCAGCAUUUUGUGGUGUUAUGUUUGAGUUCUAAAAGUACCAGCGACCAAAUUGUACCCUCCUAUAGUCUAUACAGAUGUAAAAUAUUUCUGAGUAUCUUCAGAAGAUAGUUGAUGUGUUUCAUCCUUGCAACUGAAACUGAAAUGUAAAAGUCAUCAGAGUGAUUUCAAUAUCUAAAGUAGAAAUUCAGAAGUUGUGGCAAUUUAGAUAGGGCCACACUCCCCCAAAUGAUGCAGAGAGGACUAAAGAGUCUAGGACUACAUCUAUAUGCAAACUGUGGAUGACAUCUUGCACUCUUAAAAUGACAGCUUGUCAUAAAUACCUGUCAUGGAUUGUGUAUUUAAAUGGGGCACUCCAUCAAAAUGCUGAGAUUAGAGACAUUAGGACCAUAAGAAGAUUAGAAAGGCAUCUACUCCAUGGCACAAUACAACACCAGCGCACUAGUUCACAUUAUGAUAGCGAUGGAAACGUUUUUGAAAGUGUUCUUUGUUGUUAUCUUUGACGUUGGCUACUUUAUAAACUCCUGGAGUAAUUGUAUGUGGUUUCCUUGCAACUAUUAGCAGGAGUUGAAUUAUUAAAGAAAUUGUCUGCCAUUUAGCCAUUUUUGAUGGAAUGCCUCCUAAAUCGUUAAUUAGCGACCUUUCGGCAAGAAGCCGGAGAUUCCCUUUUGCCGAAAUAGCUGGUCUUUUUUCGGAGAUUGUAAUUGUUCAUGUUUUAUAUGUUUUAUGUGUUUCUAAAAUUCCUCAGAUUGAUAACAGAGAUAUAUUUUAUACUUAUUUAUUGUACAGGCACAAUCGAACAAAUAUAGAAGGGACAUAUUUUAAGUUGUAAUGUAUUUCUGUCCUUACUGUAAAAAAAAUAUAAUUUACUACCAUUUAAAUGAGUAUACCACGCCAAAUGUAUGAUUCAACAUAUACAAUAUCAGCCAUUGCUUUAGUUGUACAUUGAUGUGUUAUAAAUGUGACUUUGACAGAAAAAAAAUGUAAACCCAUUUCUUGUGUUCAGAAUAUUUUGUACAGAAAUAAAUGAAAAAAAUGAACCAUA